UAGCAAAUCGUCGACAAAGAGAAUAUUCAUAACAGGUUAGAAGUCUCAUAGACGUAGUUCAUUGUUGUACACACAUUCUGUGACGCAAUACGCAUUUGUGUUCUAAAGUGUUAAUAUUGUAACACAAUUUUUUUCUGCGGUCUUUUAAUAUUUUCGUGCCAUGUCUCGUACGUGUAUCAUUUGUCGUGCGUCGACUAAAAACAGUACAAAGAAGCUAUCAUAUCAUUUGUUUCCGAAAAAUGAAAUAAGAAGGCGUGUUUGGUAUGCUUCCUUGGACAUAAAAAGUGCUUCACCCAGCCAAUCAAUUUGCGGAAAUCAUUUUGCUCCAGAAUGUUACAAAAUGCGUAAAGGCAGAAGAAUACUUAAGCGUUUUUCUGUUCCGACUUUGAAGUAA